AUGGCCCGCGCCCUGGUUCUAGCCGCUCUCUGGCUGGCCGCGACGGGGCGGCCCCUGGUCUUGUCCGACGCGGGGCCGCACCUGCACUACGGCUGGGGCGAGCCCAUCCGCCUGCGGCACCUGUACGCCACCAGCGCCCACGGCCUCUCGCACUGCUUCCUGCGUAUCCGUACCGACGGCACCGUGGACUGCGAGCGCAGCCAGAGCGCGCACAGUUUGCUGGAGAUUCGAGCUGUCGCCCUGCGGACCGUGGCCAUCAAGGGGGUGCACAGCGUACGGUACCUGUGCAUGGGCGCCGACGGCAGAAUGCGGGGCCUGCUGCAGUACUCGGAGGAGGACUGCGCCUUCGAAGAGGAGAUCAGCUCCGGCUAUAACGUGUACCGCUCCAGGAGGUACCAGCUGCCCGUAUCCCUGGGCAGCGCCAGGCAGAGGCAGCUGCAGCGCAGCCGGGGCUUCCUGCCCCUGUCCCACUUCCUGCCGGUGCUGCCCGCGGCCUCCGAGGAAGCGGCGGCCCCGGCCGAGCACCCGCAAGCAGAGCCCUUCUCGCCCCUGGAGACCGACAGCAUGGACCCGUUUGGAAUGGCCACCAAGCGGGGGCUGGUGAAGAGCCCCAGCUUCCAGAAGUGA